AUAACAAAUAAGGGAGGUAUAUUUGAUUUUGGGUAGGUUUUUAAUAUCUUGAAUACAAAGUCAAAGCCUCUGUUACACAAUUCCGAGACUCAUCUUUAUCUGGGUCUAGGGUUAUCCACUGAAUUGCAGGAUUUGGCUGUUGAAUAAUGAUCUUUGCUGCAUCCGUUUGAGGUCUUUUUCAUGUAUCAGGAUUCAUUUUAUAAUACUAAGAUCCAGAGAGUUGAAACCAUGUCUUUAGUAAGGUCUGGAGAUCCAGCAACUGCAGCAUAUAGAAAUACGAAGCUCUAUUCAAUACAGGGUAUCAGUGACAAUUCUUGCUUGUCCGCUCAAAUGUUUGGAUCGGAUAAGCAUAAUCCUGUAUGCAUCAAUGAUUCUUACAGCAGUGAGAGCUACAAGAAGUACUUCCUUGACUCUCCAAUGGAAGAGCUUAUUCAUUCAUCUAGUUCUGGGAUUUCAGGAAGUUCAUUUCGCCCACAGGAUGUCUCUUCUUACAAGCUAAGAUGUAGUUCAUGCCAUCUCCAAUAAUUGCUCAAAAACCUUCAAACUAUUCUGUUUAAUUAAUUUGAUCCCUUGAUAUCUUUCAACCGGAUUUUUUUUUAAUUAGAUUACUUGGAAAUCCAAAGCCUAGAUACGUUAGACUCUGAUACAGAUAAGAUGAAACUGAAACUUCAAGAACUGGAGAGAGCACUGCCGGCUGAUAAUGAUGUUUAUGAAGAUGUUGACAUGUUUGGUGCUGGUCUAAGCAUGGAAAUAGAUGGUGAAUGGUCUGAUCCUAUCAGGACAGAUCAGUCGCUCCAUGACUCACACAAGGAGUCCUCAUCCUCAGAUUCGUAUCACAGUAGCAUCAGCAGCAACAAAGAGGUAUCACAUGCUUCAUCUAAAAUUCCCAAGCAGAUGCUUAUUCACUGUGCUGCUGUACUAUCAGAUAUGUUCUGUUGGUAAUAAUAAUCCGUGCAAACAAGUUUUAUUA